AGCGAGUGCUUCCAAACGUUGCUGUUAAAUGGCGGGGGGCGGCGGCAGUGGCGUUGCAGCAGGUGGUGGCAGUGGCGCAUCCGGAAGGAGGAAAACUCCUUCAGGAUCGACGGACAAAGGAAAGGCCAGUGCCAGUGCCAAUGCUUCCGCAUAUGGGGUGACUGCAAAGGAUCCCACGCCGGCGUCAGACCCCUCUCUGUUCGUUCCUCAGGAUGAGACGAGGCAACAACAACUGCAGCGCACCCGGGACGUGUGGAAAUACGUUAUACAGGGUCAAGAAGCCCUGCCGAAGGGUCGAGGAGAGUAUUGGCUGAAGUGCCGAUUAUGCACGCAGAUUUGGAGGGGCACGAGCACAAAGGCAGUGGAACACUUUUUGAAGUUGUUGAAGCCGUGUCCCUUGAGGACAGGUGAGAUGGUGCACAAGCUCGUGGUCGUCGGUGCGAAGGUGCUGCCCAGCGACAAAAAGAUGCAGUACCUCCUGAAGAACUAUAGGCAGUUGCAUGGCAUUGCGGAAGGGGGGGCGAUUGCGAUGGAGACUCAAGACGUGGAGCCGCUCAUUUCCGGGUACGAGGAGCCGCAACCACCAACCACUGCGGGGAUGGCACCACCGAAAACAGCUUCCCGAACAGAGCCGGUCGCCGCUGCAGACGAGGGCCUUGUGGAGGGUUCAGCGUCAAACACGAGGGUUGCAUCAUUGCAACAGAGAUCAAUCAGGAGAUGGGUGGACAACGAUGCACAGAAGAAGCUGGAUAUUGCAUGGGCGGAGGCGAUGAUCCGUGCUGGCAUUGCGUUUAACUUCCUGAACUUUGACGCGACGCAGAAGCUCCACGAGGUUUACUUGGAAGUGGCGAAUGCGCGACCGAAGGUCAAGCUGCCCUCGUACAAGCAUAUGAGGACGGUAAUGCUUGACUUCAUCUACUUGCGAAUUCAAAAGCAAGUGAAUCCUCUGACAACCUGUUGGGAUGAAUCUGGCUGUACAUUCAUAACGGACGGGUUAUCUGACCGUCGAGAGCGCCCUGUCAUGAACUUCUUGGCAGCGGGGGAGAAGGGUGCAGUUUUGGUGGCCACAGUGUCAAUGACGGCAAGGAAGAAGACAGCGCAAGCGUUGGCAAAGUUGUGGGAGCAGAUCAUGAGGGAGAUAGGGGUGCGUCGCAUCAACGCAAUCUGCACCGACAAUGCCGAGGUGAACAAGAAGGCUGCUCAGAUUCUGGAACGCCGGACUGACAAAGACAUUGCAAGGAUUCCAUGGGUUCCUUGCGCUGCGCAUUGUUGCAGCCUUUUGCUGCGAGACAUCAGCAAGCUAGACUGGGUGACGGGCACUGUCAAGAGAGGCCACACGAUUAUUAAGUUCAUCCGGAACCACCACUCGACGCACAGCCUGAUGAUGUCCAUGGACGAUUCCCUGGCAUUGCUUCGUCCCACGGAAGUUCGGUUCGGGUCAGUGUACAUGAUGUUGGAGAGGCUGGUGAACAGGAAGGCAGUGUUGUCCGAUAUGGUGGAUCGGAAAAAUGCAGCACGGUGGACAGGGAUCCGUUGGGCCACUGCAAAGUUAAAGUCGAAAGCGGACUUGGUUUACUUCACCAUGAGGAGAGACGGCUGGUGGACGGAGUUGAAGAAGGUGGUCGAUGUGAUGGAACCAUUGUACAACCUUCUCAGGAGGAUGGAUCAUGAUGGAACAUCGCCAACAAACCUUGUGGAAUACGACGACCUGAUUGAAAGGAAACUGGCUCACGUGGUUCUCACUGACGAGCAGCGAGCGAGCGUCAUGGAGAAAGCCAGAGAUCGGGUGAAGAUGAUGCGGCAUCCAGUACAUGCACUGGCGUUUCUUAUGGACCCGCGCAGGAGAAAUCCACGGUGGCUCUAUGAUCGGGACAGUGCAACUGUGCAGAACGCGAUGCUUUACCUGCAGAGACAGGUUGGAGGUGAUUGGAAAGGGCCAGACCACCUUGAGGUUUUGGGUGACCUUCACGAGUUUCAUAAGGAACCCACGCCGAACGGGCCCAGGAGAAAGGACAAGAAGAUGUGGGAGCCCGAUGCGAAGGUUGAUUGUGAGAAGCUCACACCGUCAAAGUGGUGGGCGACUUAUGGUGGCGAUGUCCCCGACUUGCAGGCCAUUGCCAUCAAAGUGAUGGGCAUGCGGAGUACAGCAACCCCGGCGGAGAGGAAUUGGGCAUCCAUGGACUUCGUGCAUUCGAAAAGGAGGAACAGUUUCAAGCCCGAAACAUUGGAGAAGCUGGUGUACAUUCAUUGGAACAUGCAACUACUGCGUGCUGCCAAGAACAGCGGUGCCAACGGCGAGGGCUACGUCGAUCUGUGGAGUUCGUUCUUCGAGGCUAUUCCAGAGCCAGACGAGAACGAUGGAUCUGUCUUGAGGGGCCCCGAGGAAGAAACUGAGAAGACGGAUGAGGAGCUGGUGCGGCAAAGUAGCUUCGUGAAGACACCGAAGGGAAGGAUUCCAAAGAAGCGUGAGGACGAAGAGGACGAGUGCACCGACGACAGUGAUUUGGAUGAUGAGUUGUGGAAGGGGAGGGGUGGAUUGUCGGAUGAGACAAGUGGCCCGGAGGAGAAGGAGGACGGAAGUGAUUCCGAUUUUGAGCUGGGAGCCCAACCAUUGGUCCCGGGCACGACUUAUGUUGGUAGGAGAGAACCUGCACGGCGUCGGAGGGAGAACCAGCCCGCGGUCUCCACGCAAGCCCGGGGGGAAAGCUCCUCCCGAUACCAUCCUCAGUUCGACGUUGAGUUCCAUCACAUGGACACGGACGUCGAGUUGCUGCUGCAAAGUGGUCCGGUUGAUGAAGAUGAGGCGGAGGCCGACCCAAUCCCAACCCGGAGGGAGAUUGAGAGACGCAAAAAGAAGGCUGGGGAGAAGGAACCGGAGACACGUCGGCCAUUGGACGCUGUGCAAGAGCGAGAAGAGGAAGAGCAACAACAAAGUGGACCGGUUUUGAAGGUGGCGGACCAGCAAGAGGCAGACCACCGCAAAGAGGCGGACCAGCAAGAGGCUGACCAGCAAGAGACGGAGCACCGCAAAGAGGUGGAGGAGAAGGACCAGCAAGAAGACAAGGGCGACAUGGACCACGCACAAGAGCCGGAGAUGGAGCACGGAGAAAAGGAUGAGGGGAUGGAGCAUGAAGAGGACGAGGAGGGGAUGGAGAGUCAAGGAGUGGAGGAGGCCAUGGAACAGCAAGAUGACGCGGAGGGCAUGGAUCGACAGGACCUGCAGCACAACGUGGAUGACAAGGACGCCGAAGAGGAGCACCAACCUGCAGUGAAGACUGUGUACACGCGUAGGCCACGACCGGUUUUGUCCGCACAGUCUGUCGAGAACUCACCCGACUUCCCUCACAGCAAUGAGGCUGUCCAACAUGACAACCUGUGGGUGAGCAGGGUGGGGAGGAAGAGGAAGGAACCGGUGGAGGAUGAUGCUGCGAAGCCUAAGCUGGUGCUACUGAGUGCGAUAUGCGUCGAUCACCGAUUGAUCAACAGUGGUGAUGGAAAUGGCAGCAAGAUGGAUGGGUUCCUGAUUGUGACCGAGACGGCGGGACAAGGCAUCGGCGACACGAUUCGUUUUACCCUUGAUGGGCUGAGUGGUGAAACUGAACUCGGAUAAGUCACGCCACCAACGUGCCUGUCGAGGGGAAAGUUAGGGCUUCGUGAGGAAAGCCUGGACGACUGAGUUGUCUGUGCACACCGUGAAGGCACCCCGAGCAGGUAAUGACGCCAAUGCCGAGU